AUGUCAGAGGCCUAUGCACAACGUGACGAAGCCAUUGAUUAUUGUUUAAAACUAAUGGAUGAAGAUCUUGAAAAGAAGAAUAAGAAAUUACAGGAAGAUCCUGACGAUUUUGAUGUGAAGAACAGUAUUUUCACCCGAGAGUCAAUGGUA